UGCAAAUACAACUCGUUAUCCUCCAGCAUGCUCUGGAGCUCACCGUCUCACCGAGUCCAAAACCCAGAACCCCGCGGUCCCGACUCUCGCCAUCGGCGACUCGCCACCGUUCAUCCCGCCUCCCGAAUUCGCAGCUUGUAAAUGGUUACCGCCUCUCUCUUCUCCCUCCCAUCGCUCCGUGUCCUCUCCCGCACCUCUGCCCAUGGCCCCCGGUUCCAGAUCCUCGCCGCUAGGAAGCCAGUGGAGUCCUCCACCGCCACCAGCGGCAGCCGCAGAGGCGGAAGCAAGGGGGCUGGGCUUCUGUCGGUGUUGGACCGCGCGAUGGCGGACGAGGAGGAGUACCGGCGCGCGCGCGCCCAGGUGCAGCGCAAGGGCGUGGAGGUGGAAGGGUACGCCAUCGAAGGGAUCUCGGUGGGCGGGCACGAGACCUGCAUCACCGUGCCGUCGCUGAACGUGGCGUUCGACAUCGGCCGCGGGCCGCAGUUCGCCGUCAGCCAGGACUAUCUCUUUAUCACCCACGCCCACCUCGACCACAUCGGUGGUCUUCCAAUGUACAUAGCUACCCGUGGCCUCUACAACUUGAAGCCUCCUACUGUGUUUGUACCACCCUGCAUCAGGGAUGAUGUCGAGGAUCUGCUUCAAGUCCAUCGUAGAACGAGUCAAAUUGAGCUAAAAGUUGAAUUAGUUGCACUAGAUUUGGGAGAGACAUAUGAAAUACGUAAUGAUCUUGUUGCCAGGCCAUUUCAAACGUACCACACUAUACCCAGCCAGGGUUAUGUCAUCUACUCUAUUCGAAGAAAGUUGAAAAAACAGUAUGCUCAUUUGAAGGGUAGUCAAAUAAUGAAACUGAAGCAAUCAGGAACCGAGAUUACGGAUACCAUACUGUACCCAGAAGUUGCCUUCACAGGAGAUACAAAGUCUGAUUUUAUUCUUGACCCAAGAAAUGCAGAUGCCUUGAGAGCAAAGGUUCUCAUAACUGAGGCAACGUUCCUAGAUGACCAUGUUGAUGUUGAGCAUGCUAGGGAACAUGGCCACAUGCAUCUUUCUGAGAUAAUGGAGCAUUUCCAGUGGUUCAGGAACGAAACAAUCGUACUCACUCAUUUCUCAAAUCGAUAUAGUCUUGAGGAUAUUCGCCAGGCUGUUUCCAGGCUACAACCUAAGCUAAAUUCAAAGACAUUCUCCAGUUUCCAAAACAAGGUGGAAGAACCGUGUAUUACAAUGCUUUGGGGAACUGGACAGCGGGAUACGCAAAGUGCAUAUACUCAUGCUCAUGGAGUCCUGCAUAGAAUGGAAUAUGAUCGACAGGCCCUGAAGUGGCAUAUGUUUCUUUGGAUCAACUUCUUCACUUACAUCCUCUGUGGACUCAUCAUCAGUGGAGUACUCAUCAGGAUCUUUGCGCGCCGGGAUGAUGAAGACAUCAGAUUCGUCAGGCAACCUGAAGCUAACCCUCCUGACAAUGCUGUUCUGGCUUCUCAGGGACAUCCGAUCAAUGGAGAAGCUCUCCCUGACGUUUGGAGAGUUGUUUUCGUAAGCGCAGUCCAUGUUAAGUGGGCAGACCUUCGGAGAAUGCCUCCGAGGAGAUGGCGCCCCAGGUGCAUCGCCAUCGAUGCUCUGUGGAGAAUACAGGAUGUCUUCAAGAGUGCCUUGCCUUGCUUCUGCCCUGCUCCUGGUCCUGACCGUGUUGGUCUCACGGCGACGCGGCUUCCCUUCCAGGCACCUGGGCUUCAUCCUGUCCACGAUGGAUCUCACAUAGCAAGAACCACAGCUCUGUGAGCCCAUCUUUUUCCCCUCCUAUCGUGGAUGCUAGAUGGAACUGUAUGCCUUGAGCAUUCGUGGCAGUGCUCUCCUAAAUACAUAUUUAUAGGUAGGGCAUGCACAUUUGCUUAGUACAAUUGAGCAUUGGAAAAUAAGUAACUUAACUAAAUUAUCGUCCACUUAGAUUAUGACAAACCUUGUUCAUGUCAAACCGGGACAGGCCAUGAUGAUUAGAGCAAAGACUCGUGAAAGAGACAGAGGUCACUUGGUUUGGAUGGGAUUCGGCAAGUCCAUUAGUUUUUAAAGUGGAAAAAUUCAUACAUAGUUCUGGUGGUGUUAUUGGUGUCAUUGUUUGCUCCCUUGAUGCCACCUAGGCAGUAACGGAGUAUGUAGAAGAGCUACUUGGAUCUGCGACAAGAAAAAUGUGUAUGGUAGUGGUAGUACGCAACUAUGAAAGUUUGUCGUUUCAUGUGUCUAGCAUAUUGCGAUUGUAUCUGUAUUGGAAGUCCAAGUGACGCAGGGAACCCAUAGGAUAUCUCCAGUUUAUCCCGCUGUUCCUUUGCACUGCAUAAAGGAUGAUACCUAGGAACAGAGCGUCCAAAAUAUAGGUCCGUCUGCAAUGUCUUUGCAUCGUUGUUCUUUUUUGUGCUACUUGUGUCGUAUAUGGACAUACGUAGAACUGUGAAACCUUUACAAGUGGAAGCAAUUUGGAUCCGAUGUA